CACGCUUCGUGGCCCCGUAUACUUUCUAAUUCUCAUGCCUCCGCAAUAAUUUAUACCGCCUUCACUGCUCCAGCCUCGACCCGCGCGCUGUUCGCCCCGCUGCCUUUUCUAGCACCGCCCCCUGACUUCGAACGCGCGCUCCGGAGAGCCCUCCCUCGCCAUGCGGAAGAGCGUACUCAUAUUCCUGGUUACGAACAUCUUCAUUGUCGCCCUGCUCGUCCACAGCGUCUGGACUCUGAUCACGCUGCUGUUCGUCAAUGGCUUCGAGGACCAGAUCUCGCGCGCUGAGCUGCCCGCGCCCAACUCCACCGCAAUCAGCUCGCGGCCGCAAUUGAUCCCCAAAAUCAUCCACCAGACCUACAUAAACGAGAGCAUACCCACACACUGGCAAGGACCUCAGCAGAGUUGUUUGGACCUCCACCCGGACUACGAGUAUAAGUUGUGGACUGACAAGAAAUCGCGCGAAUUUAUUUCUACCCACUAUCCGUGGUUUCUCGAGCCUUUCGACGGUUAUGAAUUCCCUAUCCAGAGGGCAGACGCAAUACGAUACUUUGUGCUCACCCAUUUUGGAGGAAUUUAUAUUGAUCUAGACGAUGGUUGCAACCGCAGUCUUGAUCCUCUUCUCGCCUACUCCGCCUGGGUCCGCCGUACCACUCCCACUGGUAUCUCCAACGACGCAAUGGGUGCUGUACCCCACCACCCCUUCUUCCUCAAGGCGAUCGACUCUCUCCCGGAUUACAACCGCAACUGGCUGCUACCCUACAUCACCGUCAUGGCAUCCACCGGGCCUCUCUUCCUGAGUAUAAUCUGGCGCCAUUACAACAGUGCUACACCUAGCCCCUCGGAGAACGACCGCGUCCGUGUACUAUUCCCAGACGAGUAUAACAACCAUCCCUGGAGCUUUUUCACACAUCACCGCGGUAGCAGCUGGCACGGAAACGACGUGCGAUUAAUUUUCUGGAUGGGGAAUCACUGGGCCUUACUGACUUUCAUGGGCUUCCUCGUCGGCUUCACCGUCAUCUUCUUCAUCUGGUGGUUCUGCAACCGCACCGUUCUCAAAGGCGGUCGCAAAACCUUCUUCCUCCCCGAAGGCAUCCGCUCCGUCAUCUACCGCAGCGUCAGCAGCAAGGACUACGAGCUCCUCGACCGCCAUGAAGUUUAAACACGCUUAACCCCUGUAUAAUGCGCGCCGCGUAACGAUCAAACGACAUCUAUUACAUUUCCUUUUUUCUCCGCUUUGUCAAAAGCAUUUCCAGGUGCAUGGGUGUACGUAUUCGUUGGGUUCUUGUAUCGGCGAUGCUUGCGCGCUAGCAGCGAUAAGGAGUCGUUCACGUUCAGAAUACUUGCUUUACUACUAUAUUCGCUUCUAAGUCCAUAUUCUCGAGCCGAGGCCCACAAUGCUUUCUCUCUUGGUCGGGCAUGGCGGGUGCCGCUGUCUAUAUGUUUGUAGUUGCUUUUUUGCUGCCGCGCCGGCGUUCGAUGUUUGUAAUACGCUGUUUUCUUUAAGACGGAGAGGAGUUAGAG